ACUAGAUCUCCGCUAUCGCGACGCUUGGCGCACUUCACUAUCAGUCCCGGCAACAACGUGUGUCUCAAUCAGCCUGGUCCAACGCUCGGAAAAAAAAUGGUGAACCUCGGCGACAUAUUCCCUAAUUUCAAAGCUGACACUACCAUUGGUUCCAUAGACUUCCACGAAUGGCUUGGUGGAAGUUGGGCCGUCCUGUUCUCCCAUCCCGCGGACUACACUCCUGUGUGCACCACCGAGCUUGGCCGAGUCGUCCAGCUUGUCCCAGAGUUCGGCAAGCGGGCGGUGAAGAUGAUUGCUCUGUCCUGUGAUGAUGUAGUAAGCCACAAGGGCUGGUCAAAGGAUGUGAUGGCCUAUGCAAAGCAAUCGGGUGACUUCCCCUACCCUAUCAUCUCUGACAAGGACAGGUCUCUAGCGGUCAAGCUGGGUAUGGUGGACCCUGCCGAGAAGGAUGCUGCAGGCCUGGCCCUUACCUGCAGAGCAGUUUUCAUUAUUGGACCAGACAAGAAGUUGAAGCUAUCACUCCUCUACCCUGCUACAACUGGCAGAAACUUUGCUGAAAUCCUGAGAGUGAUUGAUUCUCUCCAGCUUACGGCCUCGAAGAAAGUUGCCACCCCAGUUGACUGGGAGAAUGGGAAACCAUGUAUGGUUGUGCCGUCUUUGUCCAGUGAGGAGGCCAAGAAGCUAUUCCCCAACUUCGAGACGGUUGCCCUUCCUUCUGGGAAAGAGUAUGUCCGUAUGACUACAGAAUACUGAACAUUUGCACCACAGGUCAUUUGAAGUUAUAAAUAUUCUGAAAAAAUGGCUGCUUCAGAAAUGAAAUAUUUGGGAGUAUAUUUAAAAUAUUGUUGUAAAUUCUACAGUUUUACGGUUGCAACAGUACUGCUGCAAGAGGCCUGCAGACAUUCAAGCUUGUGUGCCAUUGUUGUUUGUUAAGACAAUAGAUGUGAUAUAAAAUGUAAACAGAGAAUGGUGUAUUUUUUUAGCAGAUUUGCAAGUUUGAGAAACGUCUCUCUGUAAAGUGCCUUUUGUAUUGUAUUGAAAGACUAGCUGAGGUCAUUGUUUCAGAUGCUAUUUUGUUUGUUUAAGAAAUAAAGACAUGAUAACAA